UCGCACGCACACACCACCUCAGCACCCAGAUAGAGGGGGAGCGGGAAAGCGGCAGCGGAGGAGGAGGAAGGAUGCAAGGGAAGAAACCGAGCGGCUCUUCGGGCGGCGGUGGCAACGGGGGCAGGAGCGGCGAGCUGCAGGGAGAUGAGGCUCAGAGGAACAAGAAGAAGAAAAAGAAGGUGUCUUGCUUCUCCAACAUCAAGAUCUUCCUGGUGUCCGAAUGCGCCCUGAUGCUGGCGCAGGGCACAGUGGGCGCUUACCUGGUCAGUGUCUUAACUACCCUAGAACGGAGGUUUAACUUGCAGAGUGCUGAUGUUGGUGUAAUUGCUAGCAGCUUUGAGAUUGGAAAUUUGGCCCUCAUCCUUUUUGUGAGCUACUUCGGAGCCAGGGGACACCGGCCACGUUUAAUAGGCUGUGGUGGAAUUGUCAUGGCCUUAGGAGCUCUGCUUUCUGCACUGCCUGAGUUCUUGACCCAUCAAUAUAAGUAUGAGGCUGGGGAGAUCAGAUGGGGAGCCAAAGGACGGGACGUGUGUGCUGCCAAUGGGUCCACCAGCAACAAGAGACCAGACCUGGAGCUAAUCUGCAGGAAUAGGACUUCCACCAACAUGAUGUACUUGCUUCUCAUUGGUGCACAGGUCCUUCUGGGGAUUGGUGCUACCCCUGUGCAACCUUUGGGAGUCUCCUACAUUGAUGACCAUGUGAGAAGGAAAGAUUCUUCCCUAUAUAUAGGGAUCCUUUUCACAAUGUUGGUGUUUGGACCAGCCUGUGGAUUCAUUCUGGGUUCCUUCUGUACCAAAAUUUAUGUGGAUGCUGUCUUCAUUGAUACAAGUGUCCUGGAGAUCACCCCAGAUGACCCCCGCUGGAUCGGUGCCUGGUGGGUAGGCUUCCUGCUCUGUGGUGCCUUACUCUUCUUCUCCUCUCUCUUGAUGUUUGGGUUUCCACAGUCCCUGUCCCCUCACCCAGAUCCCACAGUGGAGAGCGAGCAAGCCAUGCUCCCUGAAAGAGACUACGAAAGACCCAAGCCCAGCAAUGGGGUCCUGAGGUAUCCACUGGAGGCGGACAACAGCACCUCCUGUUUUCAGCAGCUAAGAGUGAUUCCUAAAGUGACAAAGCAUCUAUUGUCUAACCCCGUGUUCACCUGCAUCGUCCUAGCAGCUUGUAUGGAGAUUGCAGUGGUGGCUGGCUUUGCUGCUUUCCUGGGAAAGUACUUGGAACAACAGUUCAACCUCACAACUUCAUCAGCCAACCAGCUGCUGGGGAUGACUGCUAUUCCAUGUGCUUGUCUGGGUAUAUUCCUAGGAGGUCUUCUUGUAAAGAAGCUAAGCCUGUCUGCUCUGGGAGCCAUUCGGAUGGCCAUGCUAGUUAACUUGGUGUCUACAGCUUGUUAUGUUUCCUUCCUUUUCCUGGGGUGUGACACAGGUCCUGUGGCUGGGGUUACUGUUCCCUAUGGAAACGACUCAGCACUUGGUGUAGCCUUGGAUCCUUAUUCUCCUUGCAAUAAUAACUGUGAAUGCCAAACGGACUCUUUCACGCCAGUCUGUGGGGCAGAUGGGAUCACUUACCUGUCUGCUUGUUUUGCUGGAUGCAACAGCACGAAUCUCACUGGCUGUGCCUGUCUCACAUCUGUCCCUUCUGAAAAUGCAACAGUAAUUCCUGGAAAAUGCCCCAGCCCUGGUUGCCAAGAGGCCUUCCUUACAUUCCUCUGUGUGAUGUGUGUCUGCAGUAUGAUAGGAGCAAUGGCUCAGACUCCAUCUGUGAUCAUUCUCAUCAGGACAGUCAGCCCUGAACUCAAGUCUUAUGCUUUGGGGGUUCUAUUCCUGCUCCUUCGUUUGCUGGGCUUCAUCCCUCCUCCGCUGAUCUUCGGGGCAGGCAUUGACUCCACCUGCCUGUUCUGGAGUACCUUCUGUGGUGAGCAGGGUGCCUGUGCCCUCUAUGACAACGUGGUGUACAGAUACCUGUACGUCAGCAUCGCGAUUGCCCUCAAGUCUUUUGCGUUCAUCCUUUACACCACAACGUGGCAGUGCCUGAGGAAAAACUAUAAACGAUACAUCAAAAACCACGAGGGUGGGCUCAGCACGAGUGAGUUCUUUGCCUCUACUCUGACCCUAGACAAUCUAGGGAGGGACCCUGUGGCCCCAAACCAGUCACAUAGGACAAAAUUUAUCUAUAACCUGGAAGAUCACGAGUGGUGUGAAAAUAUGGAAUCUGUUUUAUAGUGACUAAGGAAGGACAAACUAUAUUAGUAAUCAAAGGGUCCUUUUUCUUAAAAAAAUUUAAAAUAAAGUUUUAAAAAAUGGAAACAUACACACACAACAUCAACAACCAUUUCUGUCCUUUUCUCAAAAUCAUAGCCAGACAGGAUUCAGAAUAAUGAGAUAUAUGGGAUCAUGCACUUGACAUUCUUCGGGAGCAAGGCAGGAAAUGCCAUCAGGUCUUGGUGGCAAUCCUUUGAAGGUUCAAAUGUGGUCUCUAGAAAUGCCAUCAGCUCCAAGCAACAGGGAAUGAUGGUGGCCAGUUCAGCAAAUGGACAUUUUUGGACAUAAAAAUCUAUCAUCCUAUUCAAAAAAAAAAAAAAAGAGUUGACAAUAUUUCCAGGAUAAGCACUAGUGACACUCUUUGCCACCUCCUCCUUCAAUACGGGCAGGGAGGGAGCAAGAGAAGAGGGGGGUGGGAAGAUCUGCUCCCCUCUAACCUUUGCAAUAUGGGUCACUGUGUAGACAAUUCACCCAGUCUGCAUGUUGUUCCAGGCCUCAGAGUUCUCUCAGUGAUGUUAUUGGGUGAUCCGUGCUGGAGUCAAUAAAUGACACCCCUCACCAGCCGUAUUUUCUAUGUUCAAAAGGUAGAAAACUGAGAGAGUGAGGGGGGAGUGGAGCAUGUAUGUGGGGGGAUCUAGGGCUUAUCCUUCCCUCUUCUACGUAUCCAGAAGGUGAGAAGUAUCCACCUCCUCCCAAGUCUCACAGACCUCAGGAUGUGCUGGGCCUUACCUGUGGCUAUGACUGGCUGAGCUCAGAGCCACGGAGACCCACAUUUAGUAUAAGUCAUUUGCUUACAUUUGCCAAACAUUUUGCCAUUUUUAAAUGGGUAUGGAUUUCAAACGGUUGUAUGUAUAAUCUAUAAUACUAUUUUUAACUAUUUCCAAAAGCUAUGUUAACCUUUCAGUCACUAACAGAAUUCUAUAAGAGGACUUUAUUAUAUGCUGGUUGCUUUACUUUUUUUUUUCUUUUUAAUGCACCAAAAAUAUAAUGUGAUUCAAGGGAUGCAA